UUCGAUCCCCCACCCUCUCUUCUCCUUCAUCAAACUUCGAGAGAGAGCUCAGUUCCUCAAUCAAAUCACAAAUCAAUCAAAAACGAGCAAGAAAGAAAAAAGAUCUCACCUUUAAUGGCGUCAAGAUACUGGAUCGUCUCUCUCCCCGCCCAAAACUCCGCCUCCUCCCUCUGGAGCCGCCUCCAGGAGUCAGUCUCCAAGCAAGCCUUCGACACUCCCCUCUAUCGAUUCAAUGUUCCCGAUCUUCGAGUUGGAACCCUAGAUUCGCUACUGGCGCUCAGCGACGACCUCGUGAAGUCCAACGCUUUUAUAGAGGGGGUGUCGCACAAGAUCCGGCGGCAGAUCGAGGAGUUCGAGAGGGUUUCGGGCGUUGAUGGCGGGGCUUUGACGGUUGAUGGAGUACCUGUUGAUUCUUAUCUUACGAGGUUUGUCUGGGAUGAAGCUAAGUACCCAACGAUGUCGCCACUUCGGGAGAUUGUUGAUGGAAUUCAUGUCCAAGUAGCCAAAAUUGAAGAUGACAUGAAGGUUCGAGCUGCAGAGUAUAACACUGUGCGUAGUCAGCUUAAUGCAAUAAACAGAAAGCAGACUGGAAGCUUAGCUGUUCGUGACAUCUCUAGUUUAGUGAAGCCAGAAGAUAUUAUCACUUCUGAGCAUUUAGUGACCCUUCUUGCAGUUGUUCCCAAGUACUCUCAGAAGGAUUGGUUGUCAAGCUAUGAAACUUUGACUACAUAUGUGGUUCCUAGAUCGUCAAAAAAGCUGCAUGAGGACAAUGAAUAUGCUCUCUACACUGUGACACUUUUUGCAAAGGUUGCUGAUAACUUUAAAACAAGUGCACGUGAAAGAGGGUUUCAGAUCCGUGAGUUUGAAUAUGGUCCGGAAGCACAAGAGGAUCGAAAACAGGAGCUGGAAAAAUUGAUGCAGGACCAAGAUACCUUGAGAAGCUCUCUUCUGCAAUGGUGCUACACCAGUUACGGAGAGGUUUUUAGUUCCUGGAUGCACUUUUGUGCUGUUCGGGUGUUUGUGGAGAGCAUCCUCAGAUAUGGUCUACCACCGUCAUUUUUGUCUGCAGUAUUAUCUCCGCCAACAAAAAGUGAGAAAAAAGUACGCAGCAUCUUGGAACAGCUUUGUGGAAAUGCCAACAGUACGUACUGGAAAUCCGAAGAGGAUGUAGGCCUUGCUGCUUUAGGAGGCGAAUCUGAUGCUUAUCCCUAUGUCACCUUCACAAUUAACAUUACCUAAGACAAUAAAGCUCAAGUUAUCACGGAGUUUCGAGUAGUUAUUCUGUCAGUGGAUGACAAUGCGGUGGUCAUUGAUAAACAUAUUUUAAUUGUAUAUUAGCUGUCCAUUCUAUUUGUUAUGCAUCCCAUACUCCAUGUAGGUUUUGGGUGGUAUCUCAGUAUCCCAUAAUCUUUUUUGAGUUGACGACUUGAAGUGGCCAUGAAGCAAAACCUUGGUUCCUGUAUUUUAUGUUGCUGUUCAAUAAAGUUCGACUUGAGUUGAGGUUGA